AUGGCCCUCAAGAGCCUUAUAUCCUCGCCCCUUGAGGCUGGCACCUCCAUACUCGACGCACACCAUCUGCCGUCAUGUUACAAUCCCGUGUUCGAGUACACGUCCAAGCGACUCGCCAGGAAGGGCCUGCAUAUAACCCUGACUGUCGCACGGAAGGAACACCACGGCUCUACCCAGAUUGUGGGUGACAAUAAUGAGCCCACCGCAUCGGACGACCUGAUGGUCACAACAACGCCGCCCCAGACUCCCGAUGUCGUACCGCGCACACCGGGCUUCUCCACCUUCAAGUCACUGGUGCGAUCAAAAACACAGCACCACUCGGCCAGCACCGACGAGUCCGACUUCAAGGCCCCGAAACGGAGCAAGACAAUAGCUGCACCGCCAAAGAAGCCCUCGCUGGCGUCGCUGCUCGAUAAUGGCCCGUGUAGCCCCAGGCGGCUGCGGUGGCCCUUGACGCCCAGCACCCCAGCAACCCCCAGGACACCUGCGACUCCUAGAACGCCUGCUACGCCCAUGACGCCCGCGACCCCAGCGUCUAUCACGACAGCCUCCUCGACUACCGGUACCACGUAUUCAGCUGGAGGCUCGCCAGAGAACCUGGACCCAAACUUCCAGCUCAUCCAUACCGCGGCUCUAACCACACGGGCCGACAGAGUUGUAAGAACUACCCUGGAACGCACCACUCGCAAGUUUAAUCUGGGCACUCCGCUCGUUGCCCACGACCCAUCGGCCCACGGCAUCCCCCCAGAUGUCAUCCACCGCUCCAUCCUCCAGAACGAGCUCCUCUUCUCAUCCGAGGGCCUGACCGUCCUGUCGCUGGACCACCUCUACACCUUCAAGAGCGCACUGGCACACUACGCUGCCUCCAUGCACGAGCCUGGCAGGGACUUCCGCUUAGAAAAUGCCGUGGACGAGCUGCGCCGCUACGUCCUGUCGUCCUCUGGUGGGCGCCGACGUCUGUUGAAGAGCGCCCUGCUCAGGUCCUACGAGUGGCUGGGCCCCGUCAGCGACGCGGCCUUGGACGGGGUUAUGAAGAUGUAUUGCCGGGCAUAUGGCGGCGUCAGCAAGGAUACCGGCAUCGAGGACGACCUGGUCAUACGCCAGGGAGACCUGACCAUGGACAUCCCACCUACGCCGCCCCCCAAGGACGAUAAAGACCUCGGAAGGCCUGCCACUCCUGCCGCUCCAUAUAUCCCAGCCUCGAACGAGAGCUCAUACCCGGAAAACUGGCCACUUGUACCUCAACCUGUUUCGCCUAUGGCUGGUGAGGGCUUGGCUGAUAUGCCAGAGACUCCGGUGGUGGAAAAGAGUCCACACCUGCCUGUUCACGAGUUGAAGGCCGCAGACAGUACGAUAGAAAACGACAACGAUAAAACUCCCACGAAACCCAACGACAAGGAGGUGGUGCAGGACACCACAACCACAACAACAACAACAACAACCGAAACCCCCCCGGCGAUUCCGCUACAACGUCCCAUCGCACGCUCCCCGCCGAGGGCCUCACCGAAAGCCGCACUCCCCACACUAAAGCUGCAGACAUCAUUCCCAUCGCUCCCGCCCAGGCGUAAGAUGACGCCAAUGCCCAGCGCCAAGUCUCAGAAGACAACCCCAGCAGGGGCGGGACCAUCAUCAACAAGCGGCGCGGAGGACGGAGGAGACAUCAAGAGAGAGCGCGAGGCCGACGACGACGGCGACAUCACCGACUUCGAGGACGGCGACCUCACGGCCCGGCCCCCGCCGACGGCCACGAGCGUGCUGUCCUUCUGGGUCGGCGGGUGCAUCGACGAGAUGCUCAGCAGCCGGCAGCAGAAGCGGGGGAGCACCGACAGCUUCCGGUCGCGCCGCCACCACCGGAGGAGCUCGUCCUGGGGCCAGUCGCCGCAGCGCCUGGGGCCGGUGACGCCCAACGGGGCCGAUGACCUCUCGCCCAUUACGAGGGGCGAGUGGGGUUUCCUCAUGGUCAGUGACCCGUUCAGAUUCAAGACUGCCGCUGUGGAGACUUGUUGA